AUGUCUGGUAUUCAAGGGGUCACAGUCAAGCAGCACCUCUUGGUGCCUCUUCACUUGGAGCUUGACCCCAGCAUGCAGAGGGGGAGGCAAGAGGAGAAGGAGCAGAUCAAGUCCCUCAGCAACCAAUUUGCCUCCUUCAUGGACAAGGUACGGUUCCUAGAGCAACAAAACAAAGUUCUGGAGACCAAAUGGAGCCUCCUGAAAGACCAAAGAGUUGUGAAGAACAACCUUGCCCCCAUGUUUGAUGGCUACAUCAGCAACAUGAGGAGGCAGCUGGAGGCUCUGGGAGAGGACAGGCUGCAGCUCAGCUCGAAGCUGAAGGCUAUGCAGGAUGCUGUGGAAGACUUCAAGAACAAGUACGAGGAGGAGAUCAACAAGCACAUGGCUGUGGAGGAUGACUUUGUCAUGCUGAAGAAGGGGUUUGACUGA